AUUCAUAAUGGCGUCCUAGAACAGUUGGUUUGGGCUUCCAUUUGCUGAAAGACAAAAAAACCGUGUUUUCGAAGACGCUGUCUUCCAUUUCGGAAAUUUUGGGCUAAGUUGGCCUAAGUGGGAUAUUGAAAGAUGCAUUUUCUUGAAGUUGUAAUAACUUAAAAGCAGGGAAGUAGUUGAUUUUUCUAAUGGUUUUUUGUGUAUUUUCGGUAGGCCACAUUUUGUGAAUUAUUUAAAUUGUCACUACGGGUACUACGGCCAAAAUUCGUAGGAAGUAAUUCAUUCAUAAAAAAUCGCCUCGACCCCCCACAUAAAUUUUUUAGUGUUUUUCAGUUUUUAAUGGUAAUUUCUAUUAUUUCUGAAAGUUUGGAUUACGUGGGUGAAGUAAAUCUUUGAAUGCUUUGUCAAAAGAUAACACGGGGGUUAAAAACGCAUGUGAGUCAUAAAAGUUUUCGCUUAGCACAUAUCCUAUUUCCUUUAGCUGAUUUGCAGGCACAUCCCCGGCUAGCAAGUGUAUUAAGUAAGCCCCCCUGUCAUGACAAUCCAAUAAAAACGAUGAAAAGACUCCAAUCUCGGGGUGGCAGCUUGUAUUCUCUUGCUCCAGGGGUGGCAUUGGCUACAGGUACUAUAUACCUGCGGGCUGCGUGCCUGGCUUCUGUUAUCCAUGGAAAUUACAACAACAACCAUAACAAUUACAACAGCGAUAAGAUCGUCCAUAUCAGAUGUCAUGAUUGGGCUACCCGCGAAGGUGCCGCAGCAUUUCUUUGCUGAUUACAGCAUGCUUGAGUAUUAAAAAUCCAAUAUUUUCUGUACCGCUAAGUAAGGUCACGAAGAUAGGCUAUUUGCUUCAAGCGAAGAGUAUCGUCAUCAACAGAAAGACACAUUUGACUUUUGACCGCGCAGUCAGUGACACGAGAAGAGGGCGUUCUUCAAACUUGUUGUAAAAGUCAGGAGGAUGGAGAAGGCACAAAAAUAUUAAUGGUGGAAAAAAGAAAGCUUUGGUAUCAUUUAAGUGAAAUACUCCCUUAGAGUAAAGCUUGCCUUGAUAAUGCCAAAUGGAGCUUACUUCUUGGACCAAGUUGCAGAAUUUAUAUCUGGAUGGAUUGCUGGUUGUGCAGGAGUUUUGGUUAGUCAUCCAUUUGACACAGUAAGGAUCCGUCUUCAGAGUCAAGGAGUUGUUCCUGAUUCUCCACUCAAAUACAAUGGCACUAUACAUUGUCUCGUUGAAACAGUAAAGAAAGAGAAGGUAUAUGGCCUGUUUAAGGGCAUCACCCCUCCUUUGCUGGGAACAGCUGCCUGGAAUGCAGUAGUGUUUGGAGUUUAUGGCAAUGUUAUGAGGGUUUUAUCUGAAGGAAAAGAACAAGAAAGACCCUCAUUCAAGAAUACAAUCAUAGCUAGUGUUGCAGUAGCAUUUGCACAGAGUCUAAUCAUCUGUCCAAUGGAAUUAGUGAAGUGUAGGCUGCAAGUUCAAACAAAUUCUUCAAACAGACUUUACAAAGGAACGUUGGAUUGCAUAUCUAAAAUCUAUCGCAGUAAUGGAUUUCGGGGCCUCUACCGUGGAAUGCCUGCAACAAUUAUUCGUGAUAUACCAGGCUUCGUGUCAUAUUUCCUUUCCUUCGAAUAUUUAUGCAGAGUGAUAGCUGGGGAAGAAGGAGCUUACUUAGGCCCUGUUGCUUUGAUGCUUGCUGGUGGAACGGCAGGAUCAAUAUCCUGGACCCUAGCUUUCCCUCCUGACGUCAUUAAGACUCGUAUUCAAAUUGACACAAGUAAGAGAUAUACUGGAUUUCUUCAAUGUCUUAGAUCGUCUUUUAAAGAGGAGCAAUGGAGGCUGUUCGUGAGAGGGCUGACACCAACUAUCCUCAGGGCAUUCCCAAUGAACGCAGCAAUUUUCACUGUUCACACUAUGCUUAGCAGAAUGUAUGCCAAGUAUGCAAUGAAUGAUGAGCUAAAUUCAUAGUAAUUUUCAGUUCUAGUGUUAUUCCCAAAUUUUACAAACCAAAUCUAAUAUAUCAUUUGAAAGAAAUUUUGCUAGUCGAGCAUUAGAUUAAGCUCCUCAAAUAGUUUGGAUAUUAGGAAAACUUUUCCUUAAACUAAUUAUUUUACCUGGAAUCGUCAGAGAACAGUUUUUGUUGUCUUUUUUAUAUUCUUGUUAAAUAAUUUAUUGUAUGGUUUUAAUCGGUUCGUUGAGUUGACCUUCAUAUUUUGUGACAGUUGUGUGAUAUUUUUAAUUAAGAAUGGUUUUGAUACAA